GAGCCGGCACAUGCGUUUGCAAUUGCACACCGGCCACUCCAAGUGUGCCUGACCUGAGGACAGGGACCCCGCUUCGCGAGGAGAGGAGAUCACAAGGUUCAGACUUCAGAUCCGGAAUGGUAAGCUUCCCCGCCUCAAAUCUCUUCUAGGGCUUUGCUUCCACUCCCCUGACUCGGGAGAUACCGUGGGCGAGAUGCAGGCGUCGAUCUCGAGCCCGCUGCCGGUGGCCUGGUACCCCGCGCUGGCCGUCCUCACGGUCGCCGUCGGCCUCAUGCUCACUGCCUCCUUCUUCAUUUAUGAAGCGACUGUAUCCACGCGCAGCCGAAGCUUAGCCAAGGAGCUCACCACCGCAGCUGUUGCUUCCGUUUUUCUGGGUUUUGGAUCUCUUUUCGUUCUCCUCGCAAGUGGUGUUUUUGUCUGACAAGGGACUUGCAGCCUAUACCUACAUGGACAUCCAAGAAUUUCUCUAGGGGAAAGGACAUCAAAGAUUGAAAAUUCGUGUUUACAUGUAGUCCUGUGUUUUGAGGUUUAUUUCAGUUAACCCUCGCUUCUCAUGUUACAUGACAUAUUACUGUUAUAAUACAAAUACAAAACAGAAAGAUUGAUGUGCC